AUGUUCUCAAAGACACCUGCUGGCAACAACAAUAGCACUACAACUAGUACUAGUACUACUACAACAAGUACAGGUACGAGUACAAGUUCAAACAUUAGCAGAUCAAUCAAUGAUCCUAGAGUGCCAACAACCAAUCCAAUGCUGAUUGGUCGUAGCAAUAAUAAUAAUGGAAGACAUCUGAAACCUACGCUGUCAACAUCGGCACCAAUCACAAUACCAAAGCGAUCGAUAUCGUCAUCAUCAGUAUCAUCAUCAAUGUCCAGCAGUAGCAGCAGCUUUGGCAACAUGGGCGGUGGCAGCAUCAACACCAGCAACAACCCACUGAUGCGAUCUUCAUCGUCAGUGUCAUCAUCACUGUCAUCCAGCAGUGGCAGCUUACUGAGGGGCGGACUGAUACACAGCAGGUCGACAGACACCUCGCCCUCCUCAUCCAUGUCAUCAUCACCAUCAUCAUUGUACUUUAAGCCAUCACCACCGACCAUACUCCUUCGCCAGUCACCCUCGUCAUUCAGCCACUCGGCAUCACCAUCGUCGGCGUCCUACUUGCGACCCCUCCACCGUUCAUCCCCGUCAACGAUGACCACGACGAACAAUACAUCAACAACGUCGUCAUCGUCCACGGGUACAUCUUUGGCACCAGCUCCUUUGUUCCUCGUGCCAAAGUCACCGCCACCAUCAUCGUCAUUGUUCACAAAGGUCCCAUCUAGCGUAUAUAAUAGAGGCAGGGGCGUGGCCCAGAACACAACAUCAUCGACGACUACAAGCAAUUCAAUCUCAAAGUCCAAC